UGCUCUCCAUUCUGACCAAUAGGGUUCCGCUCUAUCACGUGACCCCCACCCAUUUCCGCGCACCGCUGUGACGUAGUGUCGCGCGCGUGUCAAUGUUUAUUCGUCGUUGUUAUGUUACGUGGUGGUUUGUUUUCGAUUUGGAAUGGAUUUAGAAGCGGCGUUUCAAUUAGUAGGAGAAUUUGGCAUACACCAGAAACGGAUGGUCACUAUUUUAAUUUUACUACAGAUUUAUAUGGCAUGCCAGUCGAUGCUUAUAGUGCUGGUUGGAGCUGUACCAAAUUACCGUAUUGAAAAAGGUUCCGACCUGACAAGUGAAGAUGAUCUAAUAAAACAUGUUACAUUCACUGAAGACAUCAGUUCUAUCGUGACAGAGUGGUUCCUGGUUAAGCAUCAAGCUUACAAGGUGAACCUGGCUGGCUCUUUGUUUUUUGCCGGCGUUUUAAUCGGCAAUGUCUUUUUUGGACCACUUUCUGACAGGAUUGGAAGGAGACCGGUGUUUCUUAUAGGUUUGUUUUUUGAGGUGCUGUUUGGUUAUGUCACUGCAUUCGCACCCAGUUAUGAAGUGUUCGCAGUAUCGCGCCUUCUGGUGGGCAUAAUGAAUGGUGGCAUGGGCUUGGUGUGUUUUGUGCUGACCCAGGAGUAUGUGGGGAAGUCGUACUGGGCAUUGACAGGAACCUUCACCAAUAUGACGUUUGCUGUGGGAAUAGCUCUCUUUGCUGCCCUUGGGUAUUAUGUAAGACCAUGGCGUAGUCUUGCAACAGCAGCCAAUUCUCCUGGAGUGCUUUUCUUCCUUUUAUGUGUGACCUUACCUGAGUCCCCACGCUGGCUGUACUCCCAGGGGCUCACAGAGCAGGCUGAGCAGGUGCUGCAGGACAUGGCCUCCCAGAAUGGGAAGGAUAGGGUGGUGGUGAAGCUCAAGAGGUGCAUGGAUCCAGGUGGGCCAGUUUUCACUGGCCCUGGAGUUCUGGCUCUGGUGACCCACUCCAUACUCCGGUGGAGAACUGUGGUACUAAUGUAUGUGUGGUAUGCCUGCAGUCUGGUGUAUUACGGGUUGACAAUGAACGGUAGUGAAAGUACUGGGAACCGCUACUUUCGUGUAGCAAUGUUUGGAUUGGUGGAGCUACCUGCAUACCCUCUUUGUAUGUACUUCAUUAAUAAACAAUGGGCUGGAAGACGGAAAUCGGUUGCAAGUUUUCUAGUCUUUGCAGGAGUUUCCUGUUUAUUGACAACAUGGAUACCAAUUCAUGAAGGGUCAUGGUUUGAUGCUACCACUUUAGCCUUAUUAGGAAAGCUUAUGGUCAGUGCUGCCUUCAACAUUGUCUAUGUUUAUACAUCGGAACUGUAUCCUACGAUUAUCAGAAAUGCCGGACUUGGAAUCUGUUCAAUGUCCUGUCGAUUGGGGGGAAUUUUAGCACCAUUUGUGCCUUCUCUGAGAGGUGUUCACCAGUCCAUGCCCUUCAUGGCAUUUGCCCUCACCGGCAUUUCUGCGGGAUGCCUGGGUCUGAUUCUCCCAGAGACUCUCAACAGGCCCAUCGCAGAGACACUGGAGGAGCUGCAGAACCCUCCUUACCAGCGUAUUCUGGAAAAGGAGGUUUACUUAUUUGAAGAGGACCCCUCAAAACAUAAAGUACCAGAGUAAAAGGGUUCUGAAAGAAAUGGCCCUAUGUAAUUCAACAAAGAUGACAUUCCAAAGAAAGGCAGCUUUGUCUCAAAUCAACAACAGCAAAUUAUUCUAUUUGGAAAUAUCUCUGUUAAGCAAUAUAUGGAUACAGGAGCCCCGAUCUUGGGAGCCUUUGACCUGCUUACUAAUGCUGCCUUUGCAUAAUGAACCGAAUUACUGUGGAUGUUCUUGAUCUGCAGAUUGAAAACAAAUUUAUCUUACGCUCACGUUGUGCCUUUUGAAAAUGUUAUUUCACCUGUAAAUAUCACGAGUUUAAGGUAUAUUAUGACAAUGGUUAUGGUUAUCUGUUGCUAAAAUGGACAAUGCUAUCAUUACUACCAAAGUUCAUAAAAAAUAAAUUUUGUUUUGCAACUGUUUUAACACUUGCUGUUACAUUAUACAUUACAAUGUUUCCCUCUUUUUGAUCUGCUGGUCAGGUCUUUUGCUGCUCAUUAAAAAGAUUUAAAAUUA